GCUUCUGCCCGCCAGAGGAGCCGCGCUCUGACCCCUGCCCUUCCCAACACGCGGCCCCAGCGCGGGGUCUACGACAUGCGGAACUGUUUGUGUGGGGUGCCUUGUUUUCACCCGGCGCGUUUUCAGAAAGGCGCGGCGGCGGCCGGCAGGUGAGUUCCGGUUGCGCUGCUGGGAGCGCAGAUCAUAAUUUUGGAGGAUUGCAGCACUGAGAUCUCUGGAGUCUGCUGUGUCUAGCCAUAAUGAGUUUGGUUGCUUAUGAAGAUUCAGACUCUGAGACAGAAACGGAAAAGACUGAAGCCCCCGAUGCUUCUGGCAGACAAACAAACCAGCUGAGCUCUUCUGUGAGUUGUGUUCAGCACUUUGCACCUGGUAGUACAAAAUCUCCAUAUGAAAUGCACCCUGCUGGGAGGACUGGCAGAUCUAGCAGGAGCAGGGUUUGUGAAGAUCCCCCCGAGCAUUAUGCAGAGAAUAACAACACUGCCUUGGCACCUCCCUACAGUCGGAGGGUGUGCUCUGGCCAUGCUGCGUUAUCUGUGGCUUACAAAAACUAUGAACAGGCUUCAAGCUCCUCAACAAAUUCUGGAAGUGGUGUUUCCCAGAAGAGAACACAUCAAGACAGCGCUAGUACCGUAGCAGGAAUUAGACCAUAUAUCCCUAAACGACUGCGUCAAGAAAAUUCCAGUAAGCCUGAAAAGGAUGAAUCUGACCAGAGAGGUAGCUCAGAUUGUGAUGUUAAGUCAAGUGUAUCAGGAGAGCAGACUUUGAGAAAGAUCUCUGAAUUAAUUAAGCCGUAUUUGGGAUCUAAAUAUAAAGUUACUGAAGUUCCCAAAAGCUUAAUAUUUUACAUGUCUAAACACAGCGGCCCUGUUAAUGAAAUCCAGUGGUGUCCUGUACGGGAACAAAGUCACAUGCUUCUCUCAGCCUCUAUGGACAAAACAGUCAAGGUCUGGGAUGCUGUAGAUACAGGCUGCUGUUUAAAAACCUACUCCUGUCAUUCCUGUGCUGUUCGGGCUGCCCAGUGGUCAUCCUGUGGAAGAAGGAUCCUCAGUGGAGGCUUUGAUUCCAUGCUGCAUUUAACAGAUGUAGAAACAGGGAAGCAGAUAUUUAGCAGCAAAACAGAAUUUAGGAUCAGUGCACUGAAGUUCCACCCUACAGAGUCAAACGUUUUCAUUUGUGGAGGGUUCAGUCCAGAAGUUAAAGCAUGGGAUUUAAGGACUUCUAAGGUGUUGAGAGUGUACAAAGCUGCAGUACAACAGACUCUGGAUAUACUGUUCCUCCCUGAAGGAAGAGAGUUUCUUACAAGCACGGAUGCAGUGAGCCGGGACUCAGCUGACCGCACCAUCGUUGCGUGGGACUUCCAAAGUGCUGCAAAAAUCUCCAAUCAGAUUUUUCAUGAGCGUUACACUUGCCCAAGUCUGACCCUGCACCCAAAGGAGUCUGUGUUUGUGGCUCAGACCAACGGGAACUACAUGGCUUUGUUUUCUGCCCAGCGACCCUACCGAAUCAACAAAAAGAAAAGAUAUGAAGGACACAAGGUGGAAGGAUUUGCAGUGGGCUGUGAAUUUUCUCCAGAUGGAACACUUUUGGUGACAGGAAGUUCAGAUGGCAAAGUGUUUUUCUACAACUAUCAUACUUCAAGGAUUAUUCGCACUUUGUCUGCACAUAAAGAAGCUUGUGUGAGUGCAAUAUUUCACCCAGUCUUGCCAUCACUCCUUGCAACAUGUGACUGGGCUGGAGAAAUCAAGAUAUGGCAAUAACAAGCAGAGUUACAUUUUAGGAUGUCUCUCUCCUGUUAGUCUGUCAAAGGCUUAGGAAAUAAGCCAGAGUAUGGAAUGUGAAAGUCUGUUGGGAUGUGUUGUAAGCAGGAGAGAGACUGUUGUCUUCUAUGACCUCUACAUUUAUGCUUUCGUAAUGCAGUUAAGAUGAUUUUGUGGUUGGCUUUUGAGCAAAGUGGUCCUACUCUCUCCCUUAACCCUGGAGACAAAUUUUUAACCCUUUUGUGUCAAUCUUCAAGUGCUCCUCCAGUCCCAUUCUAUUUUGAGCAAGCACCUAAAUUUAAGAAAAUUAUCGCUCUUUUUAUGCGUCUUUUCAAUGCAGCUUUCUUAAACCAGGGUUUAUCAUAGAAUCAUUUAGGUUGGAAAAGACUUAAAAUCAUUGAGUCCAAGCUUUGACCCAGUACAGCCAUGUCCACCACUAAACCAUGUCCCAUAGUGCCACAUCUGCAAAUCUUUCAAAUACCUCCAAGGAUGGUGACUCCACCACUUCCCUGGGCAGCCUGUUCCAAUGCCUGACAACACUUUGGCUGAGGAAGUUUUUUCUAUUAUCCAAUCUAAACCUCCUCUGUCACAAUAUAAGACUGUUUCCUCUUGUCCUCACCGAAAGCUGAGGACAUACUAUUUAACAGAGGAUGAUGUUCAGAUCAGUUAAUACCUAUUCCAUCCUCCUGGGAUGUUUUUUCCCCACUUUUUUCAACUAGUUUAGCUCCCUGACCUGAUCACUGGAGGGUUAGAGAAGCAACACUGUAGUUCAAGGCAAAACAGCUUCUAUGCACAAGAAGGGGGAAGGUCAGAGUGCAGGUGGGACUGCUUCUUCUGAUAAUGGAUAGUCUAUUAUCAGCUCAACUUACUGUAAAAUGCCUUCUGAGAGUUCCAGGGAAAGGUGUGAGAGAUAGCUUGAACCUAAUUUUGAACUCAGUACAUUGGUGUUUGAAAUCCUGAUGUUUAAACUUGACUGUAUAAAAACAAAAUGAAACUAUGUAUAAACAUUUUAAGGAAAAAAUAAACUUUUUUUUUAAUA